GCUUCUGUUAGAAAAGCAUUUAUUAAACCUCCCAUUCGCGUGCCUGGCUUACCGAAUCCAAAUUCUUCUUGGUUCUCGGCUAAAAUUGCGUUGUAGAAAAGCUCUGCCAUUAUUCGGGAAAGCGAGCGUAAGUUAGAACUUCUCUCGUAACAUAUUCAAAUUCCAGUUGUUACCUUUCUUGAACCGAAGCGCCGUCAGCGCACGCCAUGGCGCUGUGCUCGUGUCCCAAGGUGCUGACCAGCAGGGUCGUGUACGCGGACGAGAAUUCCGGCCACGUGCAUCUCUGCCUGCCGUUCUACGUGGACGUCUGCGGCGAGUGCCACCUCUCCUUAUAUCGCGGAUGCUGCUGCAGCGGCGCGCGCACGCUGCGCAACCACCCCGCGGAGAUCCAGGAGCGGCGGGAGCUCAUGGGGAAAGUGUUAGAGGAGCUGAUGGUGUGCGCGCAGAAGCGGCGGAAGAUGAAAGCGCGCGAGGCGAUUGCCAAGGCGCAAGCCGCCAAGGAGGCGAGAAUGCAACACGUGGACAAAGACUCGUUGAUGAGGGCCCUUUCGAAGAGCGACGAGUAUCCGCCCACCAAGACGCACUCUCUUCACUCCCACGUGACGGCGCCCGUGUCGCGCUGCUGGACACCUGCCAUGGAGUGCAGGGCGCAGAGGAUGCGCGUGCAGCAGCCACGUGCCGUGCACUGAUUGGCUUCCACCUUCUGUGGAGGCAGUCAGUCAGGUCAGGUGCUGCAGAUGCCCUCAGCAGCGGUGCUAAGUGCCUGAACAAGAUGGGACAGGGACGUGUUAAUUUGUGUACAUAUAUGGCUUUACCGUCGCACUGCUUAGGUUAUGUGUUUGUGAAGGCCUUUUUGUGAAGUAUAACUGCGGUAUUCGAGACGAACUGCUUGCCACUUUUGUGCCCCUCUUGCCGCAUGCGAGAGGAGCAGUUGACGAGUAGAUUAUUAAUCAGGAUAAAUGCACUAGGAGGCACCCUGUCUGCACUGUACCAUACAUUGU